AUGGCUUGGCGACCCCGCACUCCUGAGAAAGAUGAGGGAUCACGGAAAGAAAGAUUGAUGGAUGGUCUUAUGGAAAGUCUUCAAGAGUACUCUAUACAGCUCAAAAGUCUUGCCUUGAAGAUUCUCAACCUAAUAGCAAAAGCAUUAGGAAUGAAGCAUGAAGAAAUUGAAGUGCUUUUAGAAGAAGGGUUGCAAUCUAUGAGGCUCACUUACUAUCCUCCAUGUCCUCAACCUGAGCUGGUCACAGGCCUCUGCCAUCACUCUGAUCCUGUUAGCCUCACCAUUUUACUUCAAAUCAACGAUGUACAAGGUCUCCAAAUCAAGGAAAAUGAAGCUUGGGUUCCUGUUAUUCCACUUCCUGAUGCUUUUAUAGUCAACGUUGGUGAUAUCCUAGAGGCAAGUAUUCGCAUAAAUAUAAGGCUUUAUUGUGAAUUGCCCCAUUAA